AUUUUGGAUCCGAGCACUCGCGCUUCUCUACGGCCCAGACGCCCCUGCUGUUGAGCCGUAAAGGCGUCGGUGGCGCCGAGCGACGGCCGUUGGCGAAGACAAGCUUCGGGGACGAGGGCGGACUCACGUGAACGGUUUCCGGGUUUUCCCUUCCUGGGCUGGGGCAGCGGCGAGAGGCUAAAAAGGCUCCUGUGGACUGACGAUUGUUUUCAAAGUUACGCUCAGAUAUCCAGUAAAACGUAGCAAUGUCUCAGUCUGGAGAGAAAGGGAAGUUCCCAGAUGCGACAGGUUAUGUCGGGUUUGCAAACCUUCCAAACCAGGUGCACCGAAAAUCAGUGAAAAAAGGGUUUGAGUUUACCUUAAUGGUUGUAGGAGAGUCUGGUUUGGGGAAAUCAACCCUUAUCAACAGCCUUUUCCUCACUGACCUCUACCCCGAGCGUUACAUUCCUGGUGCUGCAGAGAAGAUCGAGAGGACAGUGCAGAUUGAGGCAUCAACUGUGGAAAUUGAGGAGAGAGGAGUAAAGCUUCGCCUCACUGUCGUUGACACCCCAGGUUAUGGAGACGCCAUCAACAGCCAGGACUGUUUUAAGACUAUCAUCCAGUACAUCGACAAUCAGUUUGAGCGGUACCUCCACGAUGAGAGUGGGCUGAACCGGAGGCACAUAGUGGACAACCGAGUGCACUGCUGCUUCUACUUCAUUUCUCCAUUUGGCCAUGGUCUGAAGCCACUGGAUGUGGAGUUUAUGAAGGCCAUCCACAGUAAAGUCAACAUAGUCCCAGUUAUUGCCAAGGCUGACACACUGACACUGAAGGAGAGGGACCGCUUGAAGAGAAGGAUCCUGGACGAGAUCGCAGAGCACGGCAUCAAAAUUUACCAGCUGCCCGACGCCGACUCUGACGAGGACGAGGAGUUCAAGGAACAGACCAGACUCUUGAAGGCAAGCAUCCCCUUCGCUGUCAUUGGCUCCAACCAGCUGAUUGAAGUGAAAGGGAAGAAGAUCCGUGGUCGCCUUUAUCCCUGGGGAGUUGUUGAAGUAGAGAACCCUGAACACAAUGACUUCCUUAAACUGCGCACCAUGCUUGUGACCCACAUGCAAGACCUGCAGGAGGUAACUCAGGACCUACAUUAUGAGAACUUCCGCUCAGAGAGGCUGAAGAGAGCGGUCAGGACUGUGGAUGAGGAUGUAAUGGAUAAGGACCAGAUCCUGCUACAGAAAGAAGCUGAGCUGAGACGCAUGCAGGAGAUGAUUGCUCAGAUGCAGGCGCAGAUGAAGAUGAAGUCGGACGAGUAAACGGUCUUAAAGGGAAAAACAGACAGGCAUGUUUCAUGUCUGGGUACACACACUCACGGUCCUCUGUGAAUCCAUGCCUCCUGCCACCCUGCAAAACCCUCCAGGAGUCAGGGGUCCCAUCAUUAUAACGUACACGCCUCUGCACGCCACCUCUUCUUCCCUCCAAACGCUCAUUUCUCAGCUUUUAAGCUGCUCACCAGAUAUUUUUUUCCUUUUUAAUAUCUCAAAAAUAAAAAAUAGGUCGUUUUAAUACUGUAUGAUUAUCACUGAUGCAGUUUAUAUCUGUUAUUUAGUCUUAAUGAUGAACCACAGAACAGCCAGAAACAAUGGUACUAGUUGCUACCGUCACACUAAAAUGUGUUAGUUGUGUAUCUUUCGAACUUCAGAAACCACAAACUUUCAUUAAUGUUGUUAUGAAAAUACUUCUGAGCCUGUUUUAACCUUAAACCCAAACUUAGUUUUCGUGUUACUUUUGUUUUUGCACCUUAUAAGAUGUAAACAAAAUUAAACAGCCAUGGCGAGAAAGACUACGUUUGUUUCCCAGGCAUAAAAUUUCUAAAUUCUGGGCAUUUGUUUGGCUUUUAGACCAUUAAUAAUGAAACUCUCAUCACUCUGUGUCAGACAAAUAAACCCUUUAGGGUCACAAUGUACAGUAGGUGAACAAAAGUGCCAUGUUGUGGUGAAAACUACAACCCAGUAGCUCCAUGUGUCCAUAGUUGUUUCACUGAUGCUGUUUAAUGUGUUUGUACACUACAUGCGUAGUAUUUUAUUACCAUCCUGUAUUUAGACCCUCACGUUUUCAAAUCAAACACUAUCAUAUUGACCUGUUCUGCGUGGAUUCCCUCCUGCGAGCAGAAGACAGGUUCCUGUAGCAGUCACUCAUUAUGUGCCUUUUUUCUACUCUCAUAUGCAAAUUUGUGUCGAACCUCUUAAGAUAAACAUUAUUAUUUCUUAACCGUAUGUCAGUAAAGACUUGUUUUUAGGCAUCCCUUCUUUGUUUUGUAUUGUUCUCUGAAAUAAAAGUAUUGGAGAAAAACA